GAUACGCAGAAACAGAAACAACAAGAAGUGCGUUAUGUGACCCUGUUCAAGAUGAAAUUACUGUUUCUCACUCUUUUCUUUGCGAACUUUUGCACAUUUUCAGCAUCAUCUGAUCCAAAAAUAAACUGCCUUAUCAUAAAUCUGGACUAUGUGAACUGCACAUGGAGCGAACAUCAGUACAAUUACAGUCUCAAGGGCGGGUUUUCACAUGAUGACAUCGUACACUGUCCUAAAUAUGAGACAGCAAACGGUGUUAAUGUGGCCUGCAUGCUCCCCUACAAAAGAGUACAACGGUUUAAUAAAUUUACAACAAGCCUGUACCGUGACGAUGGCAGUUUGGUGACGGAACAGGAACAUGAUCUUAAAGCAUAUGUGAAGCUUAACCCUCCGACAAACCUGUCUGUGGUGGAGAAAAAAGAUGCUGAAUUGUGGCUUUACUGGAAUGUUACGGAGAACGGUGCAUGCACUGAGAGCGAAGUUCGUUACAGGACUGACCAGAACAAUUGGAAGGACACCACUCCAGGCACCAGGACCACAUACAGUUUGCCUUUUCCUUCAAACAAACAGUACGAGUUUCAGGUCAGGGCUCGGAUACCCUCAUCCUGCGGCCAGUCCAAAUUCUGGAGCGAGUGGAGCGAGUCUGUGACAAGGGGAACUGUGAAAACCAACGACACAGUUCUUUUGCCAGAGAGUUUGGGUUCCAUGUCUGUGACAUCACUGGUGUUGUAUGCAGUGGGAGCAACAAUCCUACUCGUCAUACUCUCCUGCCUGCUCGUCCACAGCGAGAGGUUGAGAAUAAUUCUAAUACCAGUGGUACCAAAUGCAGGACGGAAUGUAAGCAAUUAUCUCGCGGCCCUUUUUGACAACUAUGACGGCAAUGUUGAAAAAUGGCUGUCCAUGCCUAAAGAUCUGGAGAAUGGUUUUAAACCCAAUUUCACAGAGCGCGCCUGCCCUGUUCGUGAGUACAGGAUCAUGUCCCAGUCCACCAGUGAUAGUGAAAGCAUCCUCUCUAACCCAACAGACGUAUCAUCUGAUUACCAAAGCAUGCACAGAUAUUCAUCAUCCUCCACCAUACCCGGAUCUGCUGAACCCCUGCAAACCCAGAAUACAUCUCAAGACAAUCCAGUCUAGUCCAGUCAGUUUUAGCUGUUCAUUUACAUGAGAAUGGCUUUUUGGGGGUAGAUUGAUGAGGAAAUAGUACUUCACCCAUAAUGCCGUAUAGAUUGGGGCUGCACAGCACUGGAAAAGUCUAACAUUGUAAUUUUUUAAUUUUAUUUUGCGAUAUAUAUAUAUUUGACUAUAUAUAGUGAUAUAAAUACAAUUUCACCAAAUAACUUGAAUAUCUCUAUUUGGAAAGAAUUUAUAAUGUUAGAUGGAUUGGGAUGAAGCUUAACAGUAUUCAUGUACAGUAACUGAAUGAUAAUGAUAAAGAUAAUUCAGUAAAUGUAAUCAUUGUAAAAGUCACAAAUGCUACAAUUUAUUAUGCCUGAAUGCUUUUAGGGUCAUUACACAUUCACAGCCAUCGAAAACACAUACAAAUGAUGAAUUAUAAAACAAACUCAACAUUGCAUAUGCCUGUGAUGUGACUAUUGCGAAUGAUCAGAUUACGAUAUCGAUGCUGAAACGAUAUAUUGUGCAGGCCUAGCACAGAUUAUUCCAGCAAUGAGAGAAUCGCAAAUGUAAAGUAUACCAAAUACAUAUUUAGCUCCACCCAGUCCUAUGAUGCACUGUAAAUGAUAGGAAUACAUGGAGUGUUGGCAUUUUCGUAGUAAAUGGGCAUCGUUUUUACAGUAUUAUUAUCUCCAACAUUUUUCAAAAACAGACGGAAAAUAUUUUUAGUACAUUGUUGUUGUGUAUUGCUUAAAAUUGUGAGUUCAGUAAUAACCAUUUCAGAGAAAAAUAGUUUCAAAAUCACAACACUGAUUUCAGAAUAAGUUAAAGAGGCUCUGUGCAUGUUAUGCAAUGAUGAAUUCCUGUUAAAAUCUCAUCUCGAACAUCAAAAGAUAAAAUACAGGGUAUCUGGAGGGUCUUAAAAAGUCUUAAAUCUCAAAAGCUAAAUGUUAGGCCUUAAAAAGUCUUAAAUGUACUGAAAUGUUGUGUUGUAGGUCUUAACUGUUUUUUAACAGGUCUUAAUUUUCCUUUGUUUAUGUAUAGCUACCCAAUCUGGCCAUUACCACCCUUACAAUCACCAUCUUAAUAAAACUUGAUUUUUUUAUUUAAAAAUAGCAUUUAAUAACUUUCCUCACAGUAACAUUUGUUUAAAAGUUCUCCAUUUAUUUACUGCUGAGGAUACUGACCUGACCUAUAUUUUUUAUUAUUAAAUUUUUUUUAUUGUAGUAAUUCAAAGCUAUAUUUUGUUAAAUUCUUGGUCAGGGUUAUAGGGUUUGUAAAUUGAUAUAUUUGAAAAUUAAUAAAAAACAAUUCAAACAAAAUUAUUAUUUUUGUAUUGUUAAAUUUAUUAGAUUUUAAUCAUUUUUUAAUGGGGCAAGUGAAAAUAUUUUCUAACUGGGAUAUUUGAAAAAAAAUCCUUAGCAUUUAGCUGUGUAUAAGUCUAAAAUUUCAUUCAAAUGGUCUUAAAAUGUCUUAAAAAGACUUAAAUUUAACUUGCAGAAACCCUGAAAAUAGCUCAGUUAGGGUUGAUAUGCACAUGGCAAUAUAGUGUCUGCUAUUUUAAUGAAUUUAAGAAGCUGCAUUGUAAUCAAGUUCAUCCAAGCACUUUUAAUAACAUUGUCUUUUUGCCUGUUUUGAUUGUUUGCUCCUAUUCAGUUUUCUAUAUUUGUUUAUGGAGUUAUUUUUCUGUUUUCCAUAGUAUUGUAGGUAGAAUUUACUUACCAAAAGUUUUUUAGGCACAGAGUGUUUGUCAUAUACACUCACCGGCCACUUUAUUAGGUACAACUGUCCAACUGCUCAUUAAUGCAAAUUUCUAAUCAGCCAAUUAAUUGUAUGGCAACAACUCACUGCAUUUAGGCAUGUAGACAUGGUCAAGACGAUCUGCUGCAGUUCAAACAGAGCAUCAGAACGAGGAAGAAAGGUGAUUUAAGUGACUUUGAACGUGGCAUGGUUGUUGGUGCCAGACGGGCUGGUCUGAGUAUUUCAGAAACUGCUGAUCUAUUAGGAUUUUCACGCACAACCAUCUCUAGGGUUUACAGAGAAUGGUCCAAAAAAAAGAAAAUAUCCAGUUCAGUUUUGGGCGCAUGUGCUUUGUUGAUGCCAGAGGUCAGAGGACAAUAAACAGACUGGUUUGAGCUGAUAAAAAGGCAACAGUAACUCAAAUAAGCACUCGUUACAACCGAGUUAUGCAGAAGAGCAUCUCUCAACACACAACACGUCCAACCAUGAGGCAGAUGGGCUACAGCAGCAGAAGACAACACUGAGAACCACUCCAGUCAGCUAAGAACAGGAAACUGAGGCUACAUUUCACACAGGCUCACCAAAAAUGGACCAUAGAAGAUUGGAAAAAACGUUGCCUGGUCUAAUAAGCUUCGACAUUCAGAUGGUAGGGUCAGAGUUUGGCAUCAACAAUAUGAAAGCAUGGAUCCAUCCUGUCUUGUAUCAACAGUUCAGGCUGCUGGUGGUGGUGUAAUGGUGUGGGGGAUAUUUUCUUGGCACACUUUGGGCCCAUUGGUGCCAAUUGAGCAAUGUGUCAAUGCCACAGCCUACUUGAGUAUUGUUGCUGACCAUGUCCAUCCCUUUAUGACCACAGUGUACCCAUCUUCUGAUGGCUACUUCCAGCAGGAUAACGCGCCAUGUCAUGAAGCGUGAAUCGUCUCUCGUCUCAGACUGUUUUUUUUUAAUAUGACAAUGAGUUCACUGUAUUCAAAUGGCCUCCACAGUCACCAGAGCUCAAUCCAAUGGAGCACCUUUGGGAUGAGGUGGAACGGGAGAUUCACAUCAUGGUUGUGCAGCUGACAAAUCUGCAGCAACUGCGUGAUGCUAUCAUGUCAAUAUAGACCAAAAUCUCUGAGGAACAUUUCCAGUCCCUUAUUGAAUCUAUGCCACGAAGGAUUAAGGCAGUUCUCAAGACAAAACGGGGUCCAACCCGGUAUUAGUAAGGUGUACCUAAUUAAGUGGCUGGUGAGGGUAUGUGGUCUUUGAUAACAGGUAUAUUUAGCAGAAAGAAGUCCAUUCUGGAACAUUGUGCACUCACAGGAAAAACCCAUUACCCACAAACAUUAUUUGAUUAUUAACCGAGUUCUGUUCGUGAUUCAUGCUGCUGCCUAUUUGCA